UCAACUCGCAGCUCGUACGGUAUAGCUGCAAGUUGAUUGGCCACACAUUUCCCGAAGCUAGAAACUUGGACAAAGUUCUAGCGUCGUGGACACAGGCCUUCCACGAGUCGAGGGCUGAAUGGAGGGUCCCGACGAGUCCCAAAAAAAUACGGAAGCUCGAAAUUGCCAUGAAAACCUCUCUCGUUCAUCGUCACUCGCGCGCGCGCGCCGAUCGCGUACGCUCGGCGGCAAAGUCAAACGUGUUGCCAAAUACGAGUGCACUUGACAGAAUUUUUCUAUUUUGUUCUCAAUUUGCGCGCUGCUCGCGACAGGUUUCCCCCCCGAGUCGAGUGAACAACACGUCAACGAGCGAGCAGGAGCGAGUCACUUGACGAUUGGCCAACAUCCGCGAUUCCCCGCUCCGAUGCGCCUCGCCACGCCGCGCCGCACCAUCUCCUCCCGUCUCGCGAAUGACGAGGAAUUAUCAGGGCCGCUCGCGGUCGCGACCGUUCAGUCGCGAUCCGUCUACCGAGCGGGCGAUUUUACGCCUCUCCCCGCUCGCUCCCCUUUCCGCUCUCGCGUCGCGGUCUCUCCCCUCCUUCCCUCCCGCCUUGUCUCACCUCAUCUUCGCUCCCAGGCUCGCGUAAUCGCUUCCAGCGCGAGCUAAAUUUAGCGCUGACCGUUGCUUUUGCCGAGAGCCGAGCGGCGUAUAUAAAGCCUUCUCCUCUCCUCCUCGCGUCUCGCCGCCGUCGUUUCCUGCGCGCGCGCGCGCACGCGCGCACGUUCGCGCGGCCGGGAUCGCGGGACGUGAGAAAACGCCGUGUCAGAUCGCCGGAUCGCGGGGAUCGCGACACGGAUAUCCCACCUGUCAAAAGUGUCUCCCCGCCGCGAGUGGGGACACUCCGGAAGGCUCUCGCGCCUUCGCGAUGGGGACGAUGAUGAAGCGUCGCUUCAGAUUAGGCGCGCGAGUGAUCCAAGUGAGAGCCCGUAGCUUUCGGCCGCGAGAACCGGAACCUGGACUCGCCGGAAUUUCGUAAAUCGUUCGCGGAGAAGUCACCCCGAGCGAAACCCCGCCGUCUUUUCGGACCGCAUUCGGCGACGUGACGGAGCUUGGAUAAAGUUUUCCGCGGGAGAGAGAGAGAGAGUGAGUGUGUGUGUGCGCGCGUGUUUCUCUCCGCCGAGGUUGCGAGUGCUCGAGGACCCCGCGUACCUGGACGUAAACGUUGGAAGAGGUGCGCGACCAGGCGCGAGGAAGAGGAAAGGAGACGAAAGAAGCGAGCGAGCGAUAAGCGGCCGCGCGCUCGUGCGUUUUGCGCGUACGCGUGCGUCGCGCGUAACAGGCGCUAAAAAUAGCCGCGCUAUCGCGCCACGAGCGAGUGUCGAGGCGAUAAACAUCGCCGCGGCGACACGCGCCGUCGCGCCCGCCGAUUCCUCCCUGAUUUCCUCCCCGCGACGUCGGCGGGACGUCGCGCUGGAGAACGGAAGGGAGAACGCGCUGCCCCUCCCGCCGCCCUCGUUCGGGCGUCGCGAGCCGGACGCGACGUGAGGACCCGGGAAGAGAGGAAGGGGCCCCCAGGUUCUCGCGGGACGCGUCUUCUUCCCACGACUCCGCCGGGCCGUUCCGAAAUUAACCUGCCGACCACGCCACGAGAAAGAAAUAGAGAAAACGGCGCCGGGGCACCGCACGCGAGGUGUGCGUUCGCCGCGUUUCCGAGAAACCCGCAGUCCGUGAGCGCACGACUUGAGAAGAGGAACCUGAGCUUGUCCCGACGCUGGCGCACGAGGAUCCUCCGUCCUGCCCGACAUCUCCUACCCUGACGACGUUUUGCAAACGUCGCGAACGUCGCGGUGGGACGCUUGAAACGGAUAGGACGAGGAGUCGCGGAUUAUCGCGCGCGAUCUUCUCGUUCGAUAACUCGCACUUCGAUUAGACGCGAGUAGCCGUGAUUCCCCGCGAUCUCGAUCUGGCGCCGAUAAGUAUAGGAUCUUGGGUGACAGGAAGUGCAUUUUUUUUUUCCUAUUGUGUCGUGUGCGCCGAUGAAAGAGAUAGCGAUUACCGGGACGUCAGUAAGUGAGAGCGCGAGUGACUUUUCAGCGGGAGGAGUGCGACGAGAGAGUUGCCUCCUAAGCGAGACCGAGUUCAAUACCAGUUGUUACGACUCCCAAUCUCGAUUGAGACGGGUUACCGUUCGCGUAUUUCGAUCAGCCGGUCGUCGGAAUCGUCGUGAGAAUUCGGUCCGAGGUUAAUUUGCCGUGCGAAAAGGUGCAAUCGUGUCGCCGUGGAAGUCGGGAUCGAGGGUAGCCAGAAACGAAACUAUGAGGGUUUACGCGCAGCGGGCGAGCGCGUUCGAUCGGUAUCCGCGCGCGGAAAGCUCGGGCGUAAAGAUCAUCGGUGCGCAUCAGCAUCACGGGACGAUCGACCACCAGCGGCACGGCGGUGGCGGCGCCCACCGAGGCAUGUUAUCGGAUGUGUAUUGUUGUUGUUACAUGUGCGUAGAGAUGGCCAGGGACACGCCGGGCUCGCCGAUGCCGCGACCGCGGGAUUUGGGCGCCGGCGGCGGAGGAGGCGCGGCCACUGCCACCCUGACUUCCGGCGCUUAUCACGCGGCAGCCACCGAACCCGGCGUCCUGCACAACCACGCGCUGCAGCAGAAGCUACUCGAGUCAGAGGUAAACCGCAGACCAAACUCAUGUACCUACACCAAUGCCUACACGGAAAAUAAUGCUGUUGAAUUAAGCAAAAUGAAGUGGCUUGAAUUAAGGUGGCUCCUGCACGAAGGAGCGCAGCACCAUCAGCUUCAACAGCAGAUACUCCGGCAGCAAUACCAUGCCCAGGAACGACAACUGACUGAAAUGCACGAGCACCAGAUGCAUCAACUAAAGCUCUGGGAGCAGCAGAAGCAGAUGGAGGAGCAGAGGCGAGAGAAGGAAAGGCUCGAGGCCCUCAGAAAGAAGGACAAGCACGAUCACAGCGCGAACGCGUCCACAGAAGUCAAGGAACGUCUUCACACUUUCCUGGUGAACAAGAAGCAGAGAGAGGCGGCUGCCGCGGCGAACGGAGCAGUACCCGGCACGCCAGGAUACAGGUGGCUGCAACCGCAAUCGGAAUCAUCGAGCACCACGAAUGCGGCCCAUCCAUAUCAAAUGCCGCAGUUGCUCCAGAAGUUCGGCGACGAUUUCCCGCUCAGGAAGACAGCCUCGGAGCCGAACUUGCUGAAGGUGCGACUAAAACAGCGCUUGGAGAGGAACAUGGCAUCGAGAAACUCACCCCUGACGACACGCCGGAAGGACCGCCUGACGUCGCACCUCAAGCGGAAGUCGUUAUUAGCAAACCCUGGCAGCAAUCCCGAGUCCGGGCCUAACUCUCCACCGACCGUGAACAAUUCUCAAGCCAGUCCCACCGCUGGCAGCAACACGGCGAUACAGGAGGAGGGUGAAAAUCCGGCGUAUGGGGGACGUCUCACCAGCAGUAGUCAACAGGGCAGCCUCUCGGAUCUUUCGCUCUUCAGUUCGCCGUCCAUGCCUAACAUCUCGUUGGGCAGACCUCACGUACCGUCGAGCUCCUCGAGUGGGACAAAAUUGGCACCGGUCUCGGAAGCGGAAGUGCGGGCCGCGUUUACGGCGCGCUUCGGCAUGCCGCUCACCGGUCAGAUGCUGCACAGCAACCUGCCGUCUUAUCCGUCCCUGACGGUGAUCGAGGGCGAGCCGACGUACAUCCACAAGCAGAUGCAGAAUCUACAGGAACAGGCGGCGCCGCCGUCCGGGACGGUGGGCGGCAACAGGCAGCAUCUGGCAGCGGCGGCAGCGGUGUAUCACGCCGCGGUGCCGAUCACGGACACACAAGUGGCGCACGCGAGACUGCAAAAGGCUGGUCAUCACCGGCCUUUAGGUAGAACCCAAUCCGCACCCCUGCCGCUGGGUCAUCCGAUGCUGCAGGGCGGUAUGAUGACGUCGUCCUCUCACUACGACGAGUAUCAUCUAACGGAGAAACAGUUGCACGAUCAACAGCACAAAAUAUAUCUGAAACAGCAGAUCCGUCAGACCGUUCUGACGCGAGCGGGCUCGCGCGGCCAGGCCAAUCAGCUGGACGAGGCGCCAGAGUCCGAGGAAUCCGAGGUGAUAGAUCUCACGGGCAAGAAGGACCAUCCGGAGGAGAGCGAGAUCUCGAAACAGCAGAGAGACCGCGAACAGUUCCUGCAACAGCAGAGGGAUCUCAUGAUGAGACACACGUCCCAGACGAAUGACUCGACCACCUACGUCGGAGGUUUAAGUAGGACUCAAUCGGCCAGGCCGCUCUCGAGAGCACUGUCGAGUCCUCUGGUACAUCUAGGUCCUCAGGGUAGCGGCAGUGAUAUCUUCAUGCGAAGUUCUUCGCAUCGGCCCACCACGGGAUUAGCCUAUGAUCAAUUAAUGUUGAAACACGCGUGUGUCUGCGGGGAUACCGUCAGAAGCCAUCCUGAGCACGGUGGCCGAUUACAGAGCGUGUGGGCUAGGCUAUCGGAGACGGGCCUGUUGCAACGUUGCGACCGAGUGCGCUCGCGCAAGGCCUCACUCGAGGAGAUCCAAACGUGCCAUAGCGAGGCUCAUGCACUGUUGUUUGGAACGAAUCCGAUGAAUCGACAGAAAUUGGAUAUGUCCAAGCUGUCGCAGUUGCCUAUCAAGAAUUUCGUCCGGCUCCCCUGCGGCGGAGUUGGCAUCGAUUCCGACACAACGUGGAACGAGCUUAAUACCGCACCUGCCGCCCGAAUGGCAGUAGGAUGCGUUGUCGAGCUUGCGUUCAAGGCGGCACGGGGUGAUAUUAAAAACGGCUUCGCCGUGGUGAGGCCUCCCGGACAUCACGCAGAGACCAACCAAGCCAUGGGCUUCUGCUUCUUCAACUCGGUCGCGAUCGCAGCGAGACUACUUCAACAGAAACUCGACGUUAGAAAAAUUUUAAUCUUAGAUUGGGACGUUCAUCAUGGAAACGGCACUCAGCAGAUGUUUUACGAUGAUCCGCGGGUGCUGUAUUUGUCGAUACACAGACACGACGACGGUAAUUUCUUUCCCGGAACUGGCGGGCCUACUGAGUGCGGUGUUGGCGAGGGCCUUGGUUACAACGUAAACGUGGCAUGGUCCGGUGGCCUGAAUCCGCCCAUGGGCGACGCGGAGUAUCUCGCGGCAUUUCGCUCGAUCGUCAUGCCGAUCGCCAAGGCAUUCGAUCCGGACAUCGUAAUCGUCUCGGCCGGCUUCGACGCGGCUGUGGGCCACAUGGCGCCACUGGGUGGCUACAAAGUCAGCCCGGCGUGCUUCGGCAGGAUGACGCAACAGUUACUUAAUCUGGCGGAUGGCAAGGUCGUCCUCGCCCUGGAAGGUGGCUACGAUUUAACGGCGAUCUGCGACUCGGCGCAGGAGUGCGUUCGGGCACUGCUCGGUGACGAGCCCAGUCCGAUCCGGGACGAGGAACUCACGAGGAUUCCUUGCCAAAACGCCAUGGAUACCCUGCAGAAGACCGUCGCCAUCCAGAUGUCACACUGGCCUUGCGUAAAGCUCACUGACCAUACGAUCACAAUGAGCGCUAUAGAGGCGAGCCAAAAGGAACACGACGAAACGGAAACCGUGUCCGCAAUGGCCUCUCUAUCUAUGCAGCAGCCUACAAACCUCACGACCACGCCAGAACAUUCCCGAGAGGUUUCCGAGGAGCCGAUGGAGCAGGACGAGGCCAAAUGAGGUGUAUGAAGAUCAUUCUGCUAGGUAUAGAAAGCAUAAAAUAAUUGCACGAAACUGUGUAAAUGCUCUUUGGGGUCUCUACAAGUGCAUUUCUCAGUGGGGAUCGAGGAACUCGCCGUCAUCACGCGUGGCUGCUGUGACAGGCGCAUGAUCAGCUACGAAUGUUCCACUUGCCGGAACGCGGUCGACGACGCGUGUAAAUUCGUGCGCAGUCCCCGACUUUAAGAUUUUCGAACAUUUUCCUUUUCAAAUAAGACGAUAGAUAAACAACGGCCAAGUAAUAAGGAAGAAGUGAUCUGUAACGUUUCGGGAGGCUAAUGACAAUUUUUUGCGACUGCUACGUCGCAAGCUCGCGGACCUCCCUUUCUUUACUUUUUUUUGUGCUAGACGCGAAAGCGCAAAAGUUGUUUGUGAGUUUUUGCAAAUGUUUCUAUUGCACCUCGCGCGUUUGAUGCGCGAAAUUGUUGUAUAGUUAGCUAUGGAUGACAAAUUGUGUUUGUCCAUUCUACAGAUUUCUUUCUUUUUUUAUUGUGGAACACAAGAUUUGUAAUCUUUUUAACGAACCGCUGUUAACGUUGUUGAGAUGAACUCGAGCCGCGCUAAAUAGCUUUCGCCCACCAAAUUGGCUAUCGCUUGAUAAAUUUUCGAUCCCAGUGUCUUAUCGACGAACAACGAAUGGUUUUCGAGACUUGAUGUAAAACCUGGAAUGGAAACAUUUUGUAAUAUUAUUAGCAAACUUUUGUCUGGAUGGUACCACUUGUUGUGAAAAACAAGACUUGUAAAUGAAGCACAUUGUCGUUCGAUGAUUCGGUGGGAGAAAAUAAAUUGUGAACACUUGUGUUUUUUGAAAAUGACAAAACAUCCGCGAAUACUUCGUUGACGUUAUUGGGGUGAGGCGUCGAACUUUCCCAUAUCUGUAUAAAACAAGUCUGAUGCAUCGUGUUGCCUUGGAUAAUUCGCAGGAAGAAUUAAUUAAUUCGUGAUAAUCCAUGUAUAUAUUUUUGAAUGCUAAUCGCGACCUCGGACGUCUGCUUAGAACACUUUCAACGAGCCGUAUUUUAGCGAAACAUUCAGGGAGACAAGUACAGGGAAUUAUGAGAAAGAGCUGUGUUAAUGCGACAUAUGUAUAUCUCGAAUCCUAGAGAUUCUUUUUUGUAUUGCGCUUAUUGUUACAAACCUAACGUGGACGCGCUAUGAAUACAUCGACCAUGGGAUGUAUGAUUUUUCGAUACAAACGAUUCACGAGAACGUCGGCAUCUUUGUGUACGAAAUCGCUUUUCUAUGAUUAGGAGUGUACUUCCUAUAAACCAUCAAAUAAGAAAAUUAAAUAGAAAUAAAAUAGCAAGUUUAAUGGCAAGAUAGCAACUUGAAUUGUUAUGAGCGCUCGCCGUUUCUCUCUCAUAAUAGAUAAAUUCGAAAGAAGGAAAAAGAAGGAGAGAACAGUUCCGAUAACAUAGAAAUAUAUAUAUGUGUAUAUAUAUACAUAUAUUAUACGAUUUUAAAAAAUUAAAUAUUUUAUAUACGGAAGUUCUCUUCGUGUGGCGAUCCGAAGAGGUUUUCCAUUAAAAAUAACGAUUUGCUAAAAUGUGUAAGAAAAUUAUAAGAGAAGAACCGACGCAUUGGUAGAAUAACUUCAUGUCGUGUGAUUCUUUCUGAAUAAAAUAAUGCGCGAGCAUGUCGCGAGAUGCACAGAGUUUUCCCUGGGGGUGAAGGAGGGUAUCGGACUAUCUAAUCGAUGUGCAUAAAAAGAAAAUGUUCUCCGGAUUCCUAGAGAUUUUCACGCGUACGUCAGGCCUCGCUAGAAGAGUUCGUGCAAUAAGACCGAUUGGAUAACAACCGUAUAUUUAUAAAAGACAGUAGCGUUUAGAUGUAUUUUCUCCGCCUUCAACACGCGCGAUCGACACUUUAUGAAGACGCCGCGCGUCCGCGCAUCGUGCUGGUCACUAGCGCUUUCAUUGUUUCAUUGUCGUCCGAUUCGCUUUUCCUUGUUCUUCGGGCAUUCAGAGUGUGACAUAGCGAGAGCUCCGCAGCGUGUGAACACUUAUCUCUCGAAUCGAGGCGACAAAAUUCGUAAUAAUGUUAAAGAAAAAAGAAUAAAAGUGGGAAAGAAGAAAAAAGUUGAUGUCUAGAUCCUAAGGCGAUAUUAGAUCGUGUGCGCGAAUAAUGUGCGAACGUAUAUGUGCGAUAUCACGUGCACGCGGAUAAAAACGUGGUUGCACACCUGCCGUACCAAAAAAUAUGCUGAAUGACGCUGUAACAUAUUGACUGUCCCGCGAGACCACUUUAGCUGCGGUCAGAUGAUGCGUGAUAAUCUUUUGAUUCUCGCAUCGAGAAAACGAGGUGACUCCAGGUCGGAAUUGAGCCUAGGCUUCGUCCAGAUCGUAAUUUUGCUAUCACCCGAUUAAAUCUACGACAAGCUUGCUCCCCGAGUUUGCGUCGCGGCUCGAUGAUAACUCGAUUCCCUUGAACUUUGGUUCCUACGCACGAUCGUUUGUAAAAUUAGUAAACCCAAUGAGACGUAUACCUGUUAGAACGCGCGUCAGUUAAGAGACUUUUAAAUUGGAAACGCAGAGGGAUUGACGUUGCAGUUGGUCGUUUUACCUUCGAAAUUGGUAACGUGGCUCCGCAGCUCUUAUCGAGCCUUCGCUGCAUGGAAAUCCUCGUUCUAUCUGUUACGCAAAUCCGGUGCCAACGACAAUUAUACGGCAUGGCCGCAUGUUCCCACGAGCACGUGCGAUCGCAUCGAUACACACGUUAAUACAUGUUAAUGUUUUCAAGCGCGCGAGAGAGCGCGGAAUGGACCGAGAGUGUGUCGUUUUGACGAGAUUUCAACAACUAUGGCUUCUUGCUGCGAACAAAGGCUGGUGUGAUUUUUGUGAUAUUUUGUAAAAAGAAGAAGCUAAGCUAUAUAUGGUUAAUUAAGCGUAUACGUCGCGGGGAGAUGUGUGUAAGGGAGGUGGAAAAAGAAGGUAAAUAUAAUUCACAGAUACAAGCAUUUAUUUUUGUGUCAUGCAUUUUACGGGAGGAGAGAAAAGGAUUAGAAAGAGAAAAAAAAGGAACAAAGGUGAAUAUAAGAGGAGAGUCUAUUGAUAAAAUGAAUUACACGAGGAUGCAUAUAUUAUAUAUCGUUCGUCAUGCAAGAAAUAAAGAAUAUAUCUAUAAUAUGCAUAUAUAUAUGUGCAUAUAUAUAUACAUAAACACACCCACACUUACACACACAUACUCGUACAUAUAUAUAUAUGUAUAUAUUCAAAUAUACCGAUAUAUGUACAUUGUAUAUCCGUGUACCGCAAGAAUCUCAAGUGUCUGUUAAAUGUUUGUUCGAAAAAAAUUCACUGAAGAAACGUGUAAAGAUCGACUCGAUGUAUAUUAAGUAUAAAGAUACGAGUCCAGCCUAUGUGUGUAUACAGUAAGUUAAUUAAUGAAAGAAAGAGAGAGAGAGUGUGUCUGCGCGUGUGUGUGUGAGAGAGAGAAAGGAGGAGAGGAACGAACGAUUCGUGGGCACACCAGUCUGUCAUUGAGCUGAGACAGCGAUCAACUCUAUUGUAAUAUUAUCGAGAGGUAAUUUUAGACAUGCGUGUAUAUCUGUUUAUAAUUUAAGAGCGAGUCUGUCAUCGGCGGCGCCCACCACGUGGUUGUCGCGUCGAUCAAAGCGAGGGGUCGCGCUCGUUCACGUUCAAGAGGGCGAGCCCUUUCUGACGUUUACAGAGAAAAGAAAUACUGCGUAUUCUCAUCGCGGGCCUACAAACAUCACACCCUGGUUGAUCACGUUCUCGCGUUCACUCGCGAUAUUCCCGCCUGUCCUCCCCCCCCCCCAUCCCUGACGUAUGCUUCAUUUUGUCGUCAGAUUGUCGUGCAAUUAUCGUGCGAUCGUAUCCAAGUAACCGAAACGUUGCUCCGAGGAAACCUGGACUUGUAUCCCGCUGAAGGCACAUCUGAAAAGACUUCCGUUCGCGCAAGGUUCACGUAAAGAUUUGCGAUCGCUGAUGAUCAAACUGCCACGUUUAACGCCAGAUGUAGGAUACGAAACGCAAUGUCUUAAACAUUACUUGACCCUGUAUUCAUAUCUCGUACUGAAUGCUAAACGUGGCUAUCCUCUAAUUCGCGUUCGAGAUAACGGAGGGUCUCGUCACGAGAUUUUCCGUAUGGCAAAGUACAAGAUUAAAUCGUCACGUUCGACCUGCGUGGUACGAACGCGGAUUUUGACCUUUCUCAAAUUUUGCGCCGCUUGGACAGAAUCUGAACGAUCGACGACGUUUUCGCGCGAGUUUUGUUUGGUACGCAAAAAAGCGAGAAACUUACGACAUUCCGGUAUCAUCACCCACGGCAAGUUGAUACAAACUAGAUGUAAAUGACUAUUAGGUUCUUAUCCAAACGCCGAGUAUAAAUGUGGAUUUUAAUAGAGCUCUACUGUUACGUUAGCAUACACGUAUACACAAACACGCACACACACAUACACACAUACACAUGCACGAAUAUACUGUCUAUAUUGCAUAAGCUUAAUGUAAUAGUCAUAAAUUUUUUAUGUAUAUAAAUGUACCUCGUAAACUAAUUUUAAAUAAAAAGUAUAGUCAUUGUGUUAAACGUUACAGUUCAUCAGCGUGACUGAUAUAUCCUAUAUGAUUGUGCCUUGAUUAAAAAUGCAGCACACAAUAGUUCGAUGGGGUGACUCUCGCAAAUGUGACAACCACGUUCAAGAGUAAAGUGCCUUAACGUUUCAGUUCUGAAAAAAUCAAUGUACACAUUUGGAUCACUGAUACGAACGUAAACGUCACAUGCAUAUAUAAUAUUAUUGUCCGAAUUUAUUUCUCAUAACUCUUUUUCGUUACUACUGUGAGCUUUUAGUUAAAUUCAAUAAAAUUCACACUAUCUCAUAA